ACUUGAUUGUCACAAUAAUCAAGUAAAUAUCAGAGGUUUAAUAAUGCACUUUUAAAUCAAACCUUGAUGUGUUGGGUUUAAGUGAGAUCAGGUAAAAUGAAGCAGAAAAAAUCUGAUAUGGUCCUGAUCAGCAGAAAACUGACACCUCUAAACAUUGUUCAAGCAUCUGUGUUUCUACUCCUCGCAACCAAACAAACAACCGCUAAAAUAUAUAUUGUUCAAACAGGAGGACAGGGGCAGGAGGAGGUUUCUAAUCAUGUAAACAAAGUCGAAGAAAACAAGACAUCUGGAGAUUUACAAACUUCAGAUGGGCUGAAUGAAGCACAGAAAGAACCAGUGGUGGUUGGAGAUGAUUAUACUUUAAGAAAUAUGCUGAAGUCGAUGGGUCGUGAAAAGCACGUGGACACUGCAGCAGAUAUGUUUAGAUCACUCAUGAGGAAAUCCACAAGAAAGAAACCGUGGCAAGAAAGAUUAAAAUCGGAUGGUCUGCUUCCUGGUUCAGAGGAAACUGAGGAUGAGGACAAAGAGGAUGAGGUGGAGGAGGGGGAGGUGGAGGAAGAAGAGGAUGAGGAGGAGGAAGAGGAUGAGGAGGAGGAGGAGAAGAAGAAGGAAUACAAAAAGAAUUUGAAGUCAGAAAAUUUCUUCCGAUCUGGAGGGUUUGAGAAAAUUCCUGGUUCAAAGAAGGAAGAUGGGGAAAAAAAUGACCUGACACUGGAGUUACAAAACUACGUUAAAGCCGAACCGAUUAAAAAAAGAAAGAAGAAAGAUAAAAAAAGAAAGCCAGCAAAAAAACAGGAAUAUAAUUCAAGUGAUAAACUGAUGAAGUAAAAAAAAAAACACCCUAAAUGUGUUUAUUUGGAUUUUGAAAAAUAAAAGAUUUAUCAUAAA